AAUUAAAAAUCUUGAAAACGAAAAACUACUAAUUAACUUAUUCGAAGUAGAAUUUAAAAUAUCACAUAUUACAUCGCUACGGAAACAUAAUAUUAACAAAAUUAUACACUCUAAUUUUAAAUUAACCUAUUGAAAGCAAUAUCUACCGUGCCAUUAUGUGUGUUCUAUCAAUAAAACGAGGGUAAUAUAAAGAUCCAAUUAAUAAUUUAAUGAAAUCGCCGCACAUAAUAGACUAUCGUCACGCAUAAUUUUCUACAUUCCAAUACAACUUUUAAAAUCUCCGAUCUAUCGGUCAUACUAUUCUUUCAUUGGCAAAUUUCACGCAUAUAAAAGAGAUAGGUAGAAGUGAUGCGCUCUAACUUUUAACUCCCUUAUAUGUAGGGUCGUAAAAUUUUUCCCUAGGCGCGUGCGCGAAUCAAUAAAACACCCUCUAUUAUGAAGUAACUACCGCGUUACAUUUAACGACCAUAUCAUUCAUCGCACAUGCAUUGCUGAGACUAUUCACAGCUUGCGUAGCGGUCUCAGUAUUGAGCGAGACAUGUAUUAGCGGCAUUAAGAUUAGAGUUAUUUUUUUAAUGGUUUGGUAUCGCCGUGGUAGUGUUUCGCGCAAGCGCCCUUGCAUCCCUGGACCAUAUCCGAGCAAGUGUAACAGUAAACUGUUGUAAAGUGCAUCCAUUUUGUUUAAAAAAAAGAAAAAUAAUACAAUAAAGUGAGUUGUGUGUAUCGUAUAACUUAAGGAUGACGUGCGGGGCAGAAUGCCUGUCCAUCGGUCCACCACCAGACUCGAUCCUGCACAUGCCGCCACCGCCGCUGCCAGCCUUCUUGGCAAGCGCUGCGAACCUCACGCCGCCGUGCCGCGCGUCCAAAUGUCCUCCUCUGCAAAAUACUGAAGAAAACUCGCUGUUCCCAGGCGUGGAGUACCACGAACUGCCGAGGCAUGAGCCAGCUGGGAGUGACGACACUUGGUUCUUAGUUCUCAUCACGUGCUGUAUCGCUGUUCUUUGCAUCGCUGCCCUUCUAGCCCUGUUCCUCCUCAAAUGCAGAGAAUUUCUCUUCACCAGGGCUCGAGGAGGCUGCAAAACUGGAACAGGCAAGGCUGGCGGAUCCAAUGCAUUAUAUGGAGGCGCCGCGUUAGACUCGCGAGUCUUAUGGGCAGCUUUGACUCCACGAGGCACGCGACACUUCGUCGCCGACACAUACCCACACGACGAAACGGAAGACCACCAUUACGAAUGUGUCGAACCCCCUUUAUAUAAGCUCGGGCCGCCAGAAGACCUGGCUAUUACUCGACAUUUCAAUGUGGAAUACGAGGAUCCAGCGCCAUUGAUUGAAAAUUACAGCGAACGCACAGAAGAGUACUUCAGAAACGGGAUGGAUACGUUGCGACGAGGGCGCCCUCUCGUUUCAUCUCCUACAAGAAUCGAACGGCCUAAUCUUCCUCCUCUCAACCUACAGCCUCGCACCCUGCGAAGGGCUCCCCACUCGCGCCGAGUCAGUGAUGCCAACAAUCCGGAGAAAUCGGCCAUCUGAACCGAGAGUGGCGCGGUAUUUUCCGUCGCCGAUUCAACCGAUAUCGAUUACGAUUGGACGUCGCUCGAGCACCCGACUGUCGAUCGUCUCGUUUGAGGACCAGAUCUAUUCUCUUCUGAUUCUUGACCACAGUCUCGAUUUUUCAGCUAUCGUGUAGAUUUAAAUGUUUAUUUUUACCGAUUACCUACUGAUCGCACCAAUUUUUACAGUAGUUAAAAAGCUUCAUUAUUUUAAUACGUUGGCUAUUAUCAAAAUCAUAAAUAGGCUGUGGUGGACAUUUUCUAGUCUUGGUGUUCAUACUCAAACAAUAGGUACAAGUGUAAUAGAUUGCUGUAGUGAUGUAAAUAAUUUAAUUUUAGCCCCAAUGUGCAAUGUACAAAGCUAUAUGCAGUGUCUCCGAUUAUGGCAAAUAGAUAAAUUCAUCUAUGUAGUAAAUACUUAGACGAUGGCGAGGUUUACUGUGUAUUUAAAAAUAAAUAGCUUGUAAAGAUAUUGUCAUGGAAUUUCAUUGGAUGUCGCAGCAUUUUCGUAAACAAUUAUAAGUAUUUUAUACUAUGAUACACUGCUUCUUAGACUUAAACGCAGAACACUUUAUGUGCGUUCUUCUAUUCUAGUCAACUAAUGUGUUAAUCUUAAUCUCAGUAUUAAGUCGAUGUCUAUUUUACUCGAGUGAUUGCUAUUUUACCGAAGUAAAUGCCCUAAAUCUUAAAACCUACUGUAACACGAAUAUAAUUUCAGUUAUCAACAACAAAGUAAAAUGAAUAAAUUUUUGUAUUACUCAAAUAAAUAUAAACAAAUU